UGUUCAGUAUAAAUUCAUCAAGACGACACUGCUCUCUUAACCACAAAUCCCCCUUUACCGAAAUGGACAUUCUGACUCGUGGAACAUUGAAGUCGAAGAUUGAGGCUCUGAGAGAGAAGCUCAAACAGGAGGAUGAGAUUCUGAUGAGGAUGAAGGAGAAAAUAACAGCUCGCAAUGGCAAACUGGCUGCAAUAAAAGCUCUGGAUGAGGAGCUCAAACAGCAGGAUGAGCUUCUGAUGAGGGUGAAGGAGAAAAUGGCAGCUGGCUCUGAAGCCCACAAUGGCAAACUGGCUGUACAGAGCAACAAAGUGGAGGCUCUGGAAGAGGACAAUGUGGCUCCGAAGGAGAAAAUGACAGCUCGCUCUGAAGCCAUGAUUGGCAAACGGGCUGUACUGAAGGCUCUGGACGAGGAGCUCAAACAGCAGGAUGAGCUUGUGAUGAGGGUGAAGGAGAAAAUGGCAGCUCGCUCUAAAGCCCACAGUGGCAAACUGGCUGCACAGAGCAACAACGUGGAGGCUCUGGAAGAGGACAAUGUGGCUCCGAAGGAGUAGGUGGCCCCUUUAAUAAGGGAUUUCAGCAGGGUUGAGCUUGUGGUGACAGGAG